CACCACUCUGCCUGGCAUCAGCAACACAAUUCUGUCUUUUCUGCAAAAAACAGUUCGCUUGUUGCUGAACCGGGAAAUUUCUGCUGGUCAAGUUCAUGAACAAGGCGCAAUCUGUUUACUGAAAUGGAGAAAUGGAAGUAUGACCACUAUGAAACUCUCAUUUAUUUGUUGAGAUGCAUCGAAGCAAACCCGUCCGGUUCCGGAAUCUCACCUCGUGCUUUAAGUCAGGCAUUGGAAUACUACAUUAAAGACUUUCAAGCCUUGCUUUCAUUCAACCCAAAAAACGACCAGUCUAGGAAAAAGGUGCAAUCAGGUGAAGUAGAACUGGACGAUGUCCCUUAUAAACUUAAUCAGCAGUUUAUUGAUCAAGCAUUGACGUUGAGUGACCAGCUUUCGGUUGACGAGCUUGAGGCUGCUUACUUACUGCAACUCGGUAUUCAACUGUCUACUCGUUUGGACAGAAAGCCUAUCCCCGCAGGUGUAUAUGUUUGUUACAAAUCGAGACAUGAUUUGUUAGAUGUUGUCGAGACACUGACUCGACUGCUUCUGGUGAAAGAGCUCGAUGUUGAUCUUAAAAAUGCAAUCUCUGAUUUUUUCAGAGGUGUUAGGCGCGGACAGCUUAAUUUUGCCGCUAUUUGUCUAGAAAACUUUUUGCAAUUGCAAAAUCAGGUUGCUGACAUUCGCAAAAGAGGGGUUCAGGGCCAACUCAUUGGCUCGACCAACAAUGCAGAGAUAUUUGAAUUUGUCAAAUUCUCUCUCGAAACAUUCACUGCUGAGCAGGAAACUCUUUCAAUUAUAUUGCAUCAACUUGCAUCUUCGUUCCUCUUAAGUCAAGAGAACUACGAGUCCAUUCUCAACAACUUAAAAGGUCGCUCUAUCGUUGACAAUGAGGCCGUUCUUUUGUUGCCUGUUUUGUUUUCGUACCUCAAAAAUACACUUCACGUCGAGAUUCCCGAAGACGGACCUAUCUAUUUCACAAAAUGCUCCGACAAUGUGCUGGAACAAUUUUACAAGGGCAUUGUUGAGGACAACGGCGGUAGCUGGUGCUGUCCGUCACUAAAACAAAUUGUUGGUAUUUGGUGGGUUACAGUUUUCAGUGAAGCCUGCAAGCUGGUUAGUCAGGUUCCCAAUUUUGUUGAUUAUGAUAGACACAUUGUUUCUGUCGCAAAAAGUUUUAUUCAUCAGGGCGCAUUCUCUCAUUUCGUUACUUUUCUCAUCAGUCCGUUUUACGAAGCAACAGACACCGAGAUUAACUGGAAUCUUAUCCAACCGAGAUCAACGGUUACUGUUGAGUGGUUGAAUAUUCGACCAAAGUUCAAGGAUAUCUUGUUCUCUCACUUGCGAGCUUUUCUUUUGGCUUUUGUUAGUUUUAUGCCCGACACCCUAAAAUCGUUACGUUUGGACGAAGAGGACACACUUUUAACUCAACAGUCUUCUUUCAAUGACACCUCGGUGAAUGCUAAUACUCCACCAGUUCCUCCUCUUGAAGAGUUCUACAUCUUACUUUCGUCCGUUUAUGCAUACAACAAAGAUUGGUGCGCAGAUUUUUGGAAUGAUGAAGAGGGGGAUAUGUACGGUUUCCUUACAUGGUCAAUGAAUUGUCAAAUUCCUGGCGUCAUCAGUGCUUUUAUUUACCUUCUUGUUUCUCUUUGUCAAGAUGCAAGUAGUGCGCUCAAAUUACACGAGCUUUUAUCUCAGGGUUCAGAAGAACAAAUUGGCGAGGAUGUAAUGGCAAACCACAGCUGGACCUAUAUAUUUAAUGUGUUGCAGUAUUACAUAUCCCAACUGAAACCUGUGCAAACGGUAAUAACCUCGUCCGGUAUGGCUAGAGUUUAUACCGAUCCAGGUGAGCUUGAUGAAGUUUCGGCACAAAUUGUUCAAAGCUAUAUUGUUCUUCUUGCAACCGUCAUUCGACAUGAAGGAAGUAUAGCAAAGAUCCUUACAUCCAGGUCAGAGUUGAAUGUUCUUCCAACAUUGUUUGACCUUUUGGAAUGUAACUUGCAGCCAGAAAUAAAGAAAAAUGUUCUUAAAGCUUUAACUGCGUUGGCUUAUCAAUCAACGUAUGCUGAAAGUUCUACCAUGUGGACAUUGCUUGACAAUUGGUUGGUCACAUCUAUCCUCUUCGAAUUGGACUCGGAUGCUGUAACAACAUCCAGCCUCAACCUUAUACGAAGCAACAUAGUUGGUGCUUCUGAUGGAUCUGGUCCCCUAUUCAACAAUCUUUUACGAUUCACCCAAAAUCCGUCCAUAAGGGCUGCUUUUAUUGAGCUUCUUACCUCGCUAUGUUGCCCUCUUAAUGUUGCACCAGAAACGCUUUCUUUCCCCGAAGGCCUUGGUCAGGCAUAUCGCGGUCCUGGCAUUAAGCCGUAUGUUGAUUUUGUUAUCCUUUCGAUGGUCGAGUCUGCUACUACGUGGAAGAAUACGCACGAAUUGGACGUUCUGCAUAUUUACCGGUCUUCUUUGGAAUUUAUGCUGUCUAUCUUGAAAGGUCUAAACUUUGAUCUUUUAUUGUUCUCUCGACCGCUCGGUCAAAAAAUCAAUGCAUAUACGAAAUGCAGCUCUCUGCAACUUUACCUUGCACGUCUUCCUGCCUUAAUUUUACUGGAGGCCUUUUACACCGAAAGUGUGUAUAUGGGUUUGUUCGAGUUAACUGAAAUUGAUUUCGACCAAAUUGAGGAUGUGCUGGUUCCUAAAAUUGUGACCACUUGUGUUCACAAAUCUUUACAAGUGAUUGAGAAGGUUCUCUCACUUCAAAAUGAUCUUUUUAAGAAUGUUAUUCCACUCGUUCCUGAAAUGGGCAUCAACAAAGAUGUCCUUGACCUUAGUAUAUCAAGAAGAGCAUUUGGCGAUGUUUUUAUGACUCGGACUUCAACAAUAGUUCAAAUUGUAUUGCUUGUUGGUUCAAGGCACGAAGAGAUUGCCUCUUCUAGUUUACGUGUCUUAAGCUACCUUCUGGAUACGGAUGGACUUAUGAACAGAUGCAAUACUGAGGGAAGUCAUCGUCUCUUCUCUAUCAUUCGUACAGCUGCGGAAUCCAGACGGAUAAUGUUUGGUUUUAUCCGUGCCUUUGAAGAAAGUGCCAAUACGCUCCUUAAUAUUCCAAACAAGUCUUCCUUCCUCCUUGAGAUGCUUCUUGAAAAUCUUAAACGGUCAGGAAAUGAAUUUUCGCUUUCUUUGAUGUUGCUUGGUUUUGAUGUUUCGUUUACUAAUCAACUAACGUCUUCUAAGGAACCCGGUUUUGUCGGUUCUAAUGUGUCGCUCUUUCACUCUAUGGUUGAAUUGGUUAGCGUCAGAACGGUCGAGAAUGUCAAUGUUAUGACGCCAAAGGUUGUUCUACAGGCUAUGGAAAUUCUUUCGCAUCUUUGUGUCUGGCCUUAUACAUCGGAACUUACGUUGACCCUGUUAAGAGAAAAGGAUGGCCUUCUUCCGAAGUUAAUUAACGUUGAGCCAAUCCUGCAGCAGGAUGAUAUUCAAAGGUUGCCAAAUAUGGCAGCCGAAGAGAUUGACUCCUUCACCCAAUUGAUUCUUGCAAGAGCUCAAAUUAUGAACAUCAUUGUUACCGAAAUUCAUCAAACACAUACGCUGAAUCUUCAGAAGCACUUAGAAACCUACGUUAAAUCCCUCAUUUGCAACAGUCAAAGUGUUCUCGUCCCAACUUUGUUGACCAGAAAGAGCUCAAGCUUUAGAGUGAUGGACUUUAUGGAUAUCAUGCGUAUUGACAGAAAGCGUAUGACUUCUGAUAUCCCGAGUUCUCUCAAUUCACUUUUCAAGGUAUUCAUCUCCAACAAGUUAAAAAGUUCCAAUAAUGGUGAAAUAGACACGAAAAGGGUUGCGGAUGCUUAUACGCUUCUUUUGAAUUCGGAACUUGAAGUAUUUACCGGUUCGGUUGAGGAGAAGCAAAAUUGGCAAAAAUCACAAACCGACAAGGUCGAGAAGCUACUUGUUCAAUUGGACGAAUACAAUUCUAAGAUCUUGUUUAUUGAGGCCAUUGACAAUUGUCUUGAAGUUUGGGCAAGACUUGUUGGAAUCUUGGUUCAGCAUUGUUCAGACUUUGUUUCUGAUGUUCAGUUUGAUGAGCUGAUUUGGGAUUUGCUACGAUUCCUCUUGCCGCAGAUUUCGGAUUAUACGAUCGAAAGACAAAACGUUGUUUUUGUUAUUAGUUCGUUAAUUGAAACAAUUGUUCCGUUCUCCUUAAAACGGAUUCGCGAGAUUAAUAAUCAGACUGAAAAUACAAAUUUCGUUUUGGACAACGUUAGCGGUGUUAUUCAAGGACUUGUUGCUGCUAUCCAAUGUCCUGCUUCCUCGCAAGUUAUUCGCGAAAAUUUGUAUGGCUCUAUUCUUUAUGUUUUAACAUCGGUGAAAGAGACGUUACAAGGAGAUUUAAGUGACGAGAAAGCCUCAACAAAGGCAGUGAGUGGUAAAAGUGCGCCUUCGUUGGCUUCUUCAAAAAUUUACACCGAUGGCUUUCUUGAUGUUAUUAUUGGUGACGCUCUGUAUACAUAUGGUUUUUGCUGGGAAUUGUCUGUUUUGGUUUUAAAUGCUUUGCACAAAUUUAGUCCGUCUUUGUCCUCACGUUUACAUGCAUUCUACUUGCGUCGGAAUUUCAUUGGAUCAUUUGUAGACGUGUUUAAUCGUUUCCUCUCGGACCUCUUAAGCUCUAAUCAGUCAUUGCUUGACUUUAUAAGUGAGAUUGAGUCAGGAAUGUGUUUGCUGAUACAGCUUUCUCAAAAUAAGGCGGCAGAACCACUGGUUUUAAAUUUAAGUCUUAUGCAAGUUGUGCUCAAAUACCUGUACUACUUUUGUGAGCAAAGUUCUAGUUACAAGUCAAAAGCACCUGCUCUUCGCGUGAUGAUUCAUUUCUUACAGAUGUUUGUUGCCUCUCUCAUGAUCAAUCCCCUCAAAAGAAUUUCUUCGGAAGAUAAGGCGUUUUCGUAUUCGAUACUCACAUUGUCCCGCAAGCUGCAAGACUUUGCAAAGCAGCUUCCUGAAGCGGGUACGCUCACCGAAGCCCACUUCGUUAAAAAGUAUGUCGAGAUGAUCGGUCAAAUCGUUGACCUGCAUCACAGCUAAAGCGCUUCUCUUUCGUUGUAAUGAAUAAAAACGCGAACCGCGAAUGAUUAUAGAUAUCCGUUUACUUAAAAGCUUUUCUUAUUACCCUACUUAAACGAUGGAAAUUGUUUUUCUUUUUUUGUAGUACCCUAAAC